AUGAAUAUCGUCGAGUGGGCUUUCGGAAAGCGCAUGACCCCCGCGGAGCGCCUGCGUAAACAUCAGCGUGCCUUGGAUCGAACACAGCGGGAGCUUGACCGGGAGAGAGUGAAGCUAGAAAACCAAGAGAAGAAGCUGGUACAGGACAUCAAGAAGAGUGCCAAAAACGGGCAAGUUGGAGCCUGCAAGAUCCAGGCCAAGGACUUGGUUCGGACACGGAGGUCGGUUCCUCUUGAUUGUUUACUGAUUGUGGCAGCAUUGGCUGAUUAUAUGGCGAGGAACAGAUACAUUCAGAAGUUCUAUCAAAUGCGCACGCAAUUACAGGCUAUUUCUCUACGAAUCCAGACCGUCCGAAGCAAUGAGCAGAUGAUGCAGUCUAUGAAAGGAGCCACGAUGCUUCUGGGUAGUAUGAACAGACAGAUGAAUCUCCCGGCACUGCAACGAAUCGCGAUGGAAUUUGAACGAGAAAAUGACGUUAUGGAUCAACGGCAAGAGAUGAUGGAUGAUGCGAUCGACGAGGCUACAGGAAUGGAAGGCGAAGAAGAGGAAGGAGAAGAUAUCUUGAAGGAGGUUUUGGACGAGAUUGGUGUUGAUCUGAACCAGGCGCUUGGUGAAACACCCGAUCACAUACAAAAAGCACCGGUGAAUGAAACUCGAGUUGCACAGGCCAUUGGAGGCGGAGGCAAUACGAGUGAUGAUGACCUCCAGGCAAGACUGGACAGCCUUCGCCGAUGA